CAAGGCAGAACGGCUGCCAGUGAAGGUGGAAGGCACGAACAGUCUCUCACGAUAUUGCGCUCCGCUCCUAUCCUCGUUGCUUCCUUUCUUCCAGAGUGCCUCGGCCGCCUCGUUUUCACCCGUCCCCGUGGGACCGCCGUGUGCCGAACUGUGCUGUUCUGUUCUGUGCUGUGCUGUGCUGUGCUGUGCUGUGCUGUGCUGUGUGUGCCGUUGCGAUGCCACGCAAGACGCGGCGCGAUGCGAACAGACUCUCAGAAUCGAAUUAACGAGAAUUCCGUUUCGUCGACGCGAACCAGAGGUAUGCACAACGCGCGCGUGAUAGAGGAGUUACGCGAUACUGCGCCAGCGGUGCGCACGAUAGACGAUAGAUAAGUGUGUGUGUGUGUGUGUGUUUUUUUGGCGCCACGCGACACGCGUGGCGAGACAUUUCGAAAAUGCGCACACCUACUUGCACGCGACGGUAUUCCAGUGGGAAGAGCAAGGAACAGAGUGCCCGCGUCGAAAAUAGACUUUCGCCUGGCGUUGAGAUCGGGGGUCCGAUGGUCGGGCAUGCGGAAGGAGCGUCACCGGGAGACAGUGAUUGAGAGGAUCCGGCAGACGGGAGCACUUGAAUAUUCGAUCGCGCAGAUAUUACGAUGUCCCAGCCGCAAUUAACCACCGACCUGGACGUUCCGGAAAGUCCGCAACACUCUUGCCAGUGUUCCGCAAUGAGUAGCAUGGAUUCCAUGAGAGCAACGAGGGAUAGAGCGGAGAGGAGUGUGGGAAGUACAAGAAUUUCCAACAACCAAGAACUCCCGCGGGAUUUAGAGGCGCUUCAGAGCGCUUUCGAGCCGAUAAGAAGACUGGAAAGUCCGCUGUCUCAUCAAGAAAGCCAGCAGAUGAAUUUAGAGAACGCGAGAAACGUCGAGAUGCUGGAGCAUCAAGCCGGCUUGUCCGGUACGAGAUCGAUGGACAGUCAAAACGCAAUUUUGUCCAGACACGGUCACAAUCUUUCCUGCAGCCCCAGGAACUUGGAUCUCUCCCGGAACUUGGCCUUCGAGGCUGCAAGAAGAGUUCAGGAAUCCAGUAACUUGCAGGACAACCAACACAGCCUAACCUCCAGCCCUAGUCCUUUGCUGGAGUCUGGCACGGCGUUGCUCGACGUUGCGUCCGCGAAAGAGCUGGACAAACAGCUAGCCGACGAUCACGCCGCGUUAUCUCAGAAGGCAACCGGCGCCAACGGCAAAGACAAGCUGAAGAACAUUCAGCAGAACAUUCUGAAUCCUUAUCAACAUCAUCACGAGCCAGCGUCGCCGGAACGCAACGUCCACGGGCAUUUCCACGUCGGCGAUGGCCACGCGCACGUGCACAAGCACGCCGACAAUUUCCGAGGCACCGCGAAUUUGGACGUCGCGGAUGGAUUGAUGGGAUUUCAGCAGCACGCUCAGCGACAGCACACUCAUCAUCACCACGGCAACACCAAGACCACGAACGUCGCCCAUCAUCACGGGCCGACGACCGUGCAUCAUCCGCACGGCCCGCAAGGAAUAGCGACGCACCAUCAUGGAAAUCUGCCGGCCAGCCUGACCGGCCACGUUCACGGGAACGCCGGUCCUUUAGGUGCCGGUUCGAACGCGAGUCACGGGAAUCAAACCGCGAGUGGAAAUCCGAAUGCUCAUCAUCAUCUGAACGCGUCGAUGGCGACGUCCGCCACGAUCGGCCACAGAAACUCACCGACGAGUCAUCAUCGUCUGAGCGGCACCGCCGGCCUAACCGGUCACUACCCUUCAAACUCAGGCUUCUCCAGCGAUCAUCACGGUACCUCGAGCGCGAUGAGCGGGGCUUCGUCGAAUUCGAGCAUGUUAAAUCACGGCGGCUCAUCGCCAGCGGUUCAUCGGCACGUGGUCAACGCGAACAGCAGCCUCUCGACCACGCCGCUGGCCAGCCAUCAUCAUGGCAGCUCGUCGGGAAGUUUAACCGGACAUUCGAGCGUGAAUCAUCAUCACGUGAGCUCUGGCAUAUCCUGCGAGUCCUCUUCGUCGAACGCCAAUACGAGAACGCACAGCCGUUUAGAUCACGUGCACGAUCACCAUCAUCAUUUGCAACAAGUGCAUUCGUUGCACUCUGGCCAUCCGGACACGAGGCAAAGGGACAGGGCUCCGUCGAGUCUCGAGCAUCAUGGGCAUCAUCACGCGCACAUGCACGCUCAUGGGCAUCAGCACGCGCAAAGCAACGACACCAAAACUACGUCUCUCAUCGGAGUCGACUCGAUACAGGUGUCGGCCCCUUCGAAAAGUAAAUGCCAAUGUCACGUGGUGCAAACUGGAGGAAACAAGAGGGGGCAGGAGGGUGAAAACGACGGAGGUGUUGAAGUGACAUCAAGAACGCAUCAACCGCCAGCACUUCCUCCGCGGCCACCCCCUAGGCCAACUAGACGAUACGAAACUACGUCUGUCAAUCAAUGCCACACCGGCGAAGGUGGUUGCUGCAAGAAGUACGUUGUCCUUUGUUGCCUUUGUGGUGGGCUGAGCGCUGCGGUCGGUAGUCUCUUUUUGGCGGUACACGCGGUCCUUUCAGCCCACACGGCCAGCUUAGCUCUCUUUGAGACUGUACCAUCUUACAUUCCUGGCAUAAUGUUAAUUCUAAUGGGUCUGUUCACGAUGCUACUCGCCAGACGGAAACACAGAUACGGACUUUUGAUGAAAGUUUGCGGAUCGGUCGGAGUAGUGUGCGCUUUAGUAUGCGUGUUAGUCACCGUUACGACCACCGUGAUACACAUGUCGCGGCUGCAGGGCCUUCGCAAAUGCGUUUACACCGUCAAAGCCAGGUCGUGCACGUGUUACGGAGCGCCGGAAGGAGACCCGGGAGUGCUUUUCGAAGGCACGCCUCAUUGCGAGGCGGUUCACGGCGCUCUGCACGCCUGUCUCAGAGCGCUGUUCGGAGUUUCGGUGGCCGGGAUCUUGGCUUGUAUAUUCUCGUGCAUGCUGGUGUACCAGUUGCUAAGUCACGAGAAGAAGAAGAUGUACUGGGAGCAGUUGGAACUCCGAUGCAGAUCGCUGUACGGGCAGGGAGGCACCGUGGGACCGGCGACUGGUUCCUGCGGAUGUUGCAACGAUUGCGGCGGUGCCAGCCCUUGGUGGGCGCAGACUCCCGGAAAUCUCUACACGCCGAAUCCCGACUUGGCGCCAUCCAGAAGGUGGCGUCUGCCUUGGUCCAGAUCGAGAGGGCCGGCACCGAGUCCAGACUCGAAUUACGGUUUUCACACUCAGGCCAGACAAACGGAGGGCAACGUGGAGAGCACGAAUGGCCCGUACAGUGUUCUUAAUUCUCAAUCGAGUGGUCCCUACUCUGUGUUGAACGCGCAAAACGGGCCGUACACCCCGAGUACGGCUUCUUACAGUGUCUUGGAGACUCCAGUGCCGCUAUGGGGCCCUCCGCCACCUUACAGCGACCCUAACAGCCCGGCUAGGCGACCGCAAGUUACCGAACAAAGGCCCAGAAUUGCCAAGCGAAUAGAGAACUUUGAAAACAAUGAAGAUCACAGACCACGAUCCGCGAAACGGCCGUCCGACAACUACGAGAAUGCCGAGGAAAUCUCAAACAGCACGGAUCCAGAAGGGGGCAACGAGGGUACCAUGAAAGGCAGACGAACUAGGAAGCCUCUAAAAGGUGUGGAGAACAAUGCAUUCCAGCAGGAAGCGAAUGCUGGACCAAAGCAAUCGGAAAGUGAACUAUACUUUGGCGAUGUCUCGUCUUGUUGCGGGCCCGAGAGUAGCUUCUACGACUUGGCCGUCGAGAAGGAAGGCACAGAGCAUUCAGAGGGUGUGGACUACCUGGCAGCUCGUUUAGGCAAACGACAGCUGUCAAAAAGGUCCAGAAUGCCUCUGCCUUUGCCAUCAGACAAUGGAGACAUACCAUCAGACAAUUAUGCGAACAGCGACGAGCCAAGGAGUACCAGAGGGCCAUUUCUAGCGCCUGACGCUCAAUACGAAGUGAUUCAACAAGGCCGGUACUCCUACUACACGUCGAAGGACGACGAACAGCUUCAAGAAGGUCCCGCAACCUCCGGAUACUUUAGGGAAGACGAGAACGAAAGAGGGAGGGACUACAGAGACUACAGAAGCAGUCAGGAAGAAGAAACACCACAGUGUUGCUUGAGUGACUCGACGACGUUGGACUCGGGCUGGCAAAGCGGUGAACAGCAACAGUCUGACGAUAAUGUCAGACCGGUUAACGUGUGAUCACGUUCAUCGUUAGACGAAUGACGAAACACAGUUGCUCGCGAAAGUGUUAGAACGUUUGUAAGAAGAUUUUACGUAAGUACGUUGUACGGAAUAUUUUUAAGUUUCAUUAAGGCGGUUGUCGCGCAAUUUUCAUUAAAAUCAUCUUAGUUAUUGUUCGAAUUCGACACUGCACAGGAUUACAACUUGUUUCUUCUUUCAAAUUGAGACGAUAUUUUUUUUUUUAUGAAUAGAUAUUAUACGUGAGUAGCAAUGAACAUCUUGUUUUUAAACAUAAAGCUACACAGAAUACUGUGCUUUGACGUGUUAAAGAAUUUUCUACAAAGAAAAAUUUCUAUUUUUUUUUUUUUCAAUUCUGUUCCCAGUGAAUCUGCAUAGAAAUCCACGGUCUAAUUAUUAAGAUUGGCUAUUCGUGCUGUAACUGUUUUUUUUUUUUUUUUCCUCUUUGCCAACCUUCGAAUAUUUUCGUGAGCCACUGUGACUUUCAAGAAGGAGUAGCAUCAUAUUAAAUGGUAAACGAGAGAACAAAGACGGGAACCUCGAUUCAGUACAACGUAUGCUUUGAUUUGUAGCAGAAAGAAUCGCCACACGUAGUUGUUUUUUUCUAUUUACAUUGGAAAUCAUCCUCCGAGCGUUCAGAAGGAUCUGCGAACUAUGCCGUGUGAACUAAAUAGGGAAAUUGUCCAUGUAGUAAUACAGAUAUGAGUGCAAGUCGAAGAUUACCGUAUCCGUAAUUAGAAGCUAAGUAAUGUGAUUUGUGGCACAGUAGCUUAAGUAAAUCUUAACUGUUAGAUUAAGUGGUGGGAUCGCGAUUCCACACGUUAUUACAAGUCUGAAGAACGAUUACGAAGAGAUUAGACUCUACGUCAAAGUACUAUUACACAAUCAGUCACGAGAGUUUACGUACGUCUGCUAUGCUUUUAAAUAUUUAAAAAGGAACGUUUUACGAGCACUUGAUUUAUUCAUUAGUCAAAGUUACGGGACAGACGACAAAAUUUGUUUGGUGAGCAGGUUGUUAUACAUAAAUUGGAGCAAGGAACCAUCAAGUUUGUUAUUCGAAGUUUUACGCAUUUUUUGAGAAACUUGAGAUUGCAAAAAUCUGCAAAAUAUUAUAUAAUGAUGAAUAUUAGGUGUAACAUUUAGUAGGAAAUAUAAUUAGAAUAAGUUCUAUAUGCUCAACUCUACAUACGUUAACUAUAUAUAUAUAUAUAUAUUUCAAAUUUAUUUGCAUGUUCUUUGAAAAAAACAAUUGUCAUUUUUUUAGAAAUUGUUGUUAGUCUGUUAAUUUUAAUUAACGCGGAUUAAGUAAGAUCCAUAAAUCUCUCUGUCUCUCUCCAAUUUAAAUACUUCAAACUUCGCAGGCGUGUAUAAAUUUCUGUGACUGAGCCGUUUAUGAAAAAUCCUACGUAACGAUGUAUUUUUAUUAAUUAAACGAUGUCGCCCAUGUUGUACGUAAUAAUAAUCGUUAGUGUAUGUUGAAAAGGAACGUGCGUAUAGAGAGAGGAGAGGUAUUAGCGUCAUAAGUUAAGUGUCAAAGAAAAGGUCUCUAGAAAUGGUGGGAAAGUACGAAUGAUUUUCGAGAAUUUUUUGUAGAAAAUUCGUCGCCAGAACGGAGACUUUUCCUUUGGCGGUUCGCUAGAAACGUCCAUGUACAAACGUGUGUGCUUUACUCUUGCCAAUAUCUCGCUAGACGUCAGCUAGAUCUCGCACUUUAGACGUGUUAAUUGUCGCAAAGAUGUUGCCGCCAUUUUCGACUAAUUGAUAAGUUCCAUAAAUUCGUUGCGCGAAGUUUGUCAUGAAUUCUCGGUCACUGCCAUUCGAACGUUUUUUUUAAUUCCUUUCUCAAAAUCAGUACAAGAGGAUGUACAAGAAAACGUUCCCGCACGUCCAUAAUUUCGCACAAAGUCUGAGUUUUACGAAUCUAUAUAUAUAUUAUAUAUAAAUACAUAUUAUAUAUACACUCGAGAUUUUACGAUUCUUUUAAGGAGAUUAAUAUUAGGCAACCAAGAAAGAUGCAGGGACGGGAUAUAUUAUAGGAAAUAUUUUUUUAUUCUUUCUUCAAAAUGACACAAUCUGUAUAAUAUCUGUUAUAUAAUAAUCACGCAGCAACAUGCUUAUCGUACUGUCCUAUUUUGUAACGUAAUCGAGGACGAGAAAGUUUCAUGGCUUCUUUGUGCAAGUAAAAAGUGAAAAAAGAAAAGUUUCUUCAAAAUGACACAAUCUGCAUAAUAUCUUUUAUAUAAUAAUCACGCAGCAACAUGCUUAUCGCACUGUCCUCAUUUUGUAACGUAAUCGAGAAAGUUUCGUGGCUUCUUUGUGCAAGUAAAAAGUGCAAAAAAAGAAAGAAAAAUUCUAUUCUCCUUUGUUUCUCUUUCUGUCAUUCUUCGCUGUCACAAAAUAUUCUUUCUUGGUUACGUAAUAUUUGUCACGCGUCGUAAUGAAUGAAUAAACGCUCGUGGUCUGUGUUAGCCUCGUCGAGCUUUUCACGUUACGUUUACGCCGUAUUCGCUUUCGAAUGUAUAAUCCUGGUGGACCAAGAAUAACGUAGGAAAAACGACAUAGAGAG